UUAUUUAGAACUUUUCUAAAAAUUAAUCUGCACCUACUCUCUUUUGCUUGUUUUAUUUAUUGGAUUUUACAUUUAAAAAUAAAGUGAAACCGUAAUAUCACAAACUUACGAAGUCAAUAUAAUAACAACCAGUGGCAACUAACUAUUCGAAGUGUAUUCAUUGAGUGGACCCUCGGUGCAGGAAGUCAUUUUAUCAACGAUGAUACGACUAUUGAUUCGUUUAAGCCUCGUUUUGCUUGUGUCGUACCAGUUGGCGACACCAUGCGAGGCGAUCAGGGGCUACGGUAUCCCUGGCAUUCCGGGUAUGCCAGGAAGCCCUGGGUAUAGCCGGGGUUAUAAAACACCAAUGCAGCCCAAGACGUUCUCUGGUACAUCGCCAGGACUGGCUUCGCAGCCCGCUACACGACGUGGUCUGGGUAUUUCCGCUUGGGGUAUCGUCAUUCUCAUCGUGUCUUUGAUUCUGGCCGGUAUGGGCUUCUACUAUUUCUCGAUUUGCUACCCAAGCAUCUGCAUGAACAGAAACAAGUACAACAUGAUGAGUAUGCCUGCUAUGGUUUGAUAUUAUAGAGACAGGAAUAAAAAAGUCCAGUGUUCUGUGCAUU